GAGCCUCCUGCUUCCUUUUUCCUUCUCACAGUCAAAAUAACAACAGCUGGCGGUUGUCGCAGCCGAGGAGACAUGGCCACCGCGACCGUGUCAGCGGGGCUCGACGGCCACAGGAUGGAGGAGAAGAAGCUCGAGUACUUCUCCUCCAUCAACUCCAUGGCGAGGAAAAUCAUGCAGGAGCGGGAGAAGAUCAAGGCCAAGCACGGCUCGUCGUGGGAGAAGAUGACGCCGCAGGAGCAGGACUCCGCCAUCGACAACUGUAUGAUGGACCCGCACAUCCGAGCCCGAUACGCUAUGCACAGGGUGGAGCGGGAUGAAGUGGUCUGUUACCCCAAGCUGCUCAUUCAGACCGGGCAGAAGAUAGUUCACUUCGGCGAGGAGGAUAUUACCUGGCAAGAUGAACAUUCUGCUCCAUUUUCAUGGGAAACAAAGAGUCAGCUGGAUUUCAGCUUGGCACCAGGAUCAGAUCAAGGAAUCUCCAUCUCCCAGACAGAGGCCAAACCUGCCAAGGCUUCUCAUUCCAACCACCACGGAACCAAGGUGCCGGUCAGCGAGGGCAGGAAGCCCGAGGAGGAGUCGUCCUUCUGGAAGAUCAGCGCUGAAAGGUCCAGGCUGGAGGGGGAGAAGGCCGACUUCCACUCUCUGACGCCCAGCCAGAUCAAAUCUAUUGAGAAAGGAGAGAAACCCCUGCCCUCAUACCUCAGACAGGAGCCUCCUGUCGUCUCUAAGGAGCCUGAGGUACCAGAGUCUCUCCCCCCAGCUCCCACCAAACCCGCAAAGCAGAGAGCACCUAAGCCUCCUGCUCCCACUCCCCCCGCCCCCAUCCCCGUCUCCAUCCCCGUGGCUGUUAGUACGGCGCCGUCGUCCAUCUCCAUCUCGUCAAACCCCCUCCCGCCGGUCAGCAUGUCCUCGUCAGUGGCAGGAUGGGAGCGUUCUCAGAGCACUCUGCCGUCGGUCAGCAACACAGUGGAUGAGAUGUUCUCCUCCAGCCGGAUGUCAAAGCCCCCCAACAUCCCCGCCGUCAUGGCGAAGGAGAGGGAGGAAGAAGCCUCACCCAACCCUGACGCCAGCCCCACCUUCUCCCAGUUCAACACAAGCAGCAGCAUCCUGAAGACUGGGUUUGACUUCCUAGACAACUGGUAAACCACAGCCGAGACCAUGACUCAUCGCCACCAUCACCCUGAAGAAGGACCACACUGCCAUGACAACAGACAUCACCAUGUAGAUUUUGAAAGACACACCAGGCUUUAAAUCAACCACAUUGUGUUUUUGUAAUAAUCUUCCGUGGCUUGUUAAGACAUUAUCUCACUGCCCAUGUGCUGGUGUUUUUUUUUUGUUUCUUUCUUUUUAAACCUCCUCCAGGAGAUACUCCGUCUCUUCUCUGAACCUGGUUUGGAAUCUUUUUAAAUGUCUUGCCAAACACCCUCUGCUGCAUGACAUGUAGAGUAAACAGGGAUUAAACCUCACAGAACGUGGACGCUGAUUCUCAACUGUGCAUUUACACCGUCAUCGACUCGGUUGUUGGGUCUUUCAUGGAUGUUCACACACGUUUGGUACGUCAAAUGCAAUCGAAAUCAUGGGUCAUGUAGCGAGCUAAACUGGUAAUUGCCGUGAUGAAAUUACUUGAGCAUAAUCCUGCUCUGAUGUUUGAGAGAAGCUUCACUAUGGUCACAUGUUCCUUUAAAAACAUCUUGGAAAAAGUGGUUAGCUUGUGUGUGUGUGUGUGUCUGCUUCAAGCAGAUGUCGAGCUCUUGCUUUUGCAAAGGUUUGUGGCUUUAAAGCUCAUUUCCUCCUUGAUUUUAUUGACGUGUUGUAGUUAAGUGUGAGAUUAAGUGCUGCGACUCAUUACCAAGCAUUACCGAACAAAUAUUUUACCGUUUCGUGUGUACUGAAAAAGUUGUGGGGAAAAAAGUGUGCGUUUUAUCGUAAGAAAACUAUAGUUUUGCUGGCAAUGCCUUUCUUACGAUGUGUCUAGGAAGUGAUCGGCCCUUACUCCGCUCGUCAGUUAACCCCUUGUAGUCUGGAAAACCAGAGGUGGUUCACAAACAAAAACUGAAUGUAUUGAGUUUACUUAAUCAGGGUUCCUGGUUCAUGGGUCUUUAAGUCUUGCCCCAAAAAUUGCCCCAAACAUGGCCCUUUAGUCAUGAUCACUUUUAGUGUCAGUUUUACUUUGGCUCAGUGUUGUCUCAACAAAGAUGUUUUUAAAAAGAGGAAACCCUAAAUUAGACAAACCAGCAGCGAGUGCAGCUGUUCCUUGAGGGGUUUCGCUGUCAUCCUUUGCCUGUUACAAACCACCAACCCAUUUUUACACUCGCUAUGAAUAGCCGUGGUACGCGAAAAUACACUGCAACCAUCCCGGGAAUAAAAUGUCGUGGUAAUCCCGAUUACCUUUUUAACUCUAAACCCUGGUCUUUGCAGUGUAAAUGCACAGUCAUGGUGUGACUUAGCUGCCUUUACUUGUGUCUUUUAGAUGCCAGUCCAUGAACUCUUUUUCUACCAGCGUGCUAAGAGCGAACACUAGAAAAAAAAAAACACUUUUAAUUUUGUGUUCUGAAGAUGUUUGCUUUCCAAUGUUCUGUUAUUUAUACCUACAUAUAUAUAUAUUCCUAUAAACUGUUAGCGUUUUAGAGUUAAAGUAGUGUUUGCUGCUGCUUUCCUGGCCCUCUCAGUGUAAUGUACCUGGAAUAUCGAGGAAACUUGACAGAUGUUACUGUAAUGGAGAAGAAUCAUGUCAUAUCAUCGAACAGGGAUAUUGUGAAAAAGGUUUUUUAAAUCAUUCAUUGAAGUAAAGAAGUGGAAACUUAGUUGUUGUUCCCCUUUGGCAUUACGAAAACAAAAACAGGAGGGAAGAGCAGCUCUGGAAGUUCUGUCCAUGGAAAACUGGACUUCCGCGCCGCCGUGGGAAGCUGCCGCACAUGUCCUGUGUGGGUCGGUUUCCUUGACAACACUUCCACCCCCACCACCUUUCACCGAUAACCUCAGACGAGUCGCCAAAGCAGAAACCCAGCGCGUGGAAAAACAAGCGACAUGUGUUUUAGGGCACGCGGGCAGGCAUGUUAGUGAUUCGUGACACAGUUUACAUGAGAAGUAGAGAACUAUUUUAAUGAAUUUUAUAUUUAUCCGCUGAUUGUAUCUUCUGCUAUACAUGUACUAUAUUGCACUCAUGCAUUGUGAGGUCACAGAUCAGAAGGAAACUAAUAAAUGAAAGUCAAACCUG